AUGUCUAUCCCUCCACUGUCACCCAAAACGACUCUUCAAGGACGGUCGUUGCUCAUUACUGGCGCGAAUGUCGGACUCGGUUUCGAGUCAGCGCGCCUAGCAUUACGAUUGGGCUCCUCCCCUGUGUACAUAACCGCGCGUACCGUGGAGAAGGGCAACGUGACGCGUGACGAGCUGCUCGCCGACCCCGAAGUAAAGAACAAGAAUACGAAUGCGAUCGUUAAGGUGUACGCGCUCGAGAUGUCCAAGUGGGAUGAUGUCACCUCUUUCGCCAAGAAGUUCGUUGAUGAUAGGCAGACUGCUGGCGAAGGACUCGACAUUGCUAUUCUGAAUGCAGGUCUAGUCAGUGCAGUCUUCCAACUUGCACCGACUGGUAAUGAGACAACUAUUCAAGUUAAUCACCUGUCGACUGCACUUCUCACACUUCUUCUUCUGCCUCUCCUCGAGCGCAGCACGACACCCGAGCAUACCGCCAGGUUGACAAUCAUCUCCAGCACAUCGCACCUGCACACAGGGCUCAAGCACUGCCCGCCAGACAAUAUAGACUUCUUGGCCUCCUUGAAUGACAAGAAAACGUUUUCUGGCAGGGAGCGAUAUGGCUUGAGCAAGCUCCUGAUCAUCCUAUUCCUCCGCGAGCUGUCCCAAAAGGUCAGUAACGACAAGGUCGUGAUCAACACGGUGUGCCCCGGGAUGAUCAAGACCCAGCUCGUGCGUAGCAUUCCCUGGUGGUUUGUACCCGCCAUGUGGAUAUGGCAAGCUACGUCCGCCAACCCGAUUGAGAGAGGCGCUGGCUGCUACAUUGAUGCGGUGGCCAACGUCGGCAAGGAGAGCCACGGACAAUGGUACCAGAAGAUGAAGCAGACCCCGUAUGCCGAUGUCGUUACCGGGCCGGAAGGCAAGGAUAUACAAAAGCGGAUCUGGGACGAAACAUUAAGACAACUCGAGAAGGUCUCGCCAGGCGUUGGUGGCAACAUUUAA